UCUCGUAAUUUUAAAGGCAGACAAAAGUAAAAGUUGAGAGCCCCAAAACAGGGACAUGGCAGGGCUAGGGCUGAGGCGAGGAGUGGCUUCCCUAUGGCGUUAUGCAGCAAGCACCAGUGGCAGGGGCUUCAUGGUGUGUUCUGCAGCGUCUGCAUCCAGCAACGCCUCUGACAAGGGUGCCGGGAAGGUGACAGCCGAGGAGUGGAGGAAGCGACUCACCCCAAACCAGUAUCACAUCACCCGGGAGGCAGGAACGGAGCCGGCCUUUACCGGGGAGUUUUAUGACCACCACGAGGCAGGGACGUACCAGUGUGUGUGCUGCGGCUCAGAUCUCUUCAGCUCUGAGGCUAAAUAUGACUCGGGGAGCGGGUGGCCCUCUUUCCACACGGCCGAGGGUGAAGUGGUGACCCGCACUGACCGCGCCUUCCUGAUGGUUCGAACGGAAGUGCUGUGUAGUAAGUGCGACGCUCACCUGGGACAUCGGUUUCCUGACGGGCCGCAACCGACGGGACUUCGCUACUGCAUCAACUCCGCGGCCUUGAAGUUCACACCGAAGAAGACGUGACCCUUCACGGAUACACGAGUCCUCCCUGCCAGACGCACCGCCAACCCUGCAGACAGCCGCAGCCACCUCAGCCACUCUCUGCCAGGCCACCACACAGACACCAUGGAGGGGAAAGUCUAUCUCACCGACGAGUCCGCCUACA